CCCCAACCUCUCACCUUCUCCACAACUUCCCCACUUUCUCUUCUUUUUCUUCGUCUUCCAACUCCUCCUCUCUGGUCAAAUCGCUUGUGCCCGCAACGCGCUCGCUCUCAACGAUUCCGGCGACAAACCCCUAAACCCCCUCCAAUUCAUCUCCCUCCCUCGCCCGGCGGCGUCGAUCUUUGCGUCCAAUGGCGGUCUCGAGCAGCUUCACGGGCGCGAAGAUGGAGAACCUGCUCCUCUGCAGCGCCCCUUCCUCCUCGUCAGGCUCCGCUUCCCGGGCCGUCUCAAUGCAGUUGCCCCACGUUGGGUUGUCGAAAAGGAGGGGACUUGUGCAGAGGGGCGGCGCCGGCGGCGGGGGCGUGGGAGUCAGGCCGGUCGUGCGGUGCGAUGUUGGCGCCUCUGGUGCUGCCCCCGAGGGGCCGAGGAUCGAUGUGUCGAGCCUCUCCGCUCUCGAGCAGCUCAAAGCCUCUGCUGCCGAUAGAUAUACGAAAGAAAGGAGCAGCAUUGUGGUGAUUGGGCUUAGCGUCCACUCUACACCCGUCGAAAUGCGCGAGAAACUCGCCAUUCCAGAAGCAGAUUGGCCUCGAGCCAUUGGGGAGCUGUGCAGUUUGAACCAUAUAGAAGAAGCUGCUGUCCUUAGCACCUGCAACAGGAUGGAGAUAUAUGUUGUGGCCUUAUCUCAGCAUCGCGGAGUCAAAGAAGUUACUGAAUGGAUGUCCAAGACUAGUGGAAUCCCUGUCUCAGAUCUUCAUCAACACCGGUUCUUGCUCUACAACAAAGAUGCCACUCAACAUAUUUUUGAAGUAUCAGCUGGUCUGGAUUCCCUCGUCCUCGGAGAAGGUCAGAUUCUUGCUCAGGUUAAGCAGGUCGUGAAAGUGGGGCAAGGAGUUGUUGGAUUUGGUAGAAACAUAAGUGGCCUCUUCAAGCAUGCUAUCACAGUGGGGAAACGAGUUCGCACCGAAACAAACAUCGCCUCUGGAGCAGUCUCUGUGAGUUCCGCUGCUGUAGAGCUGGCCUUAAUGAAGAUUCCUGAAUCCUCACACUCUGAUGCAAGGAUGUUGGUCAUCGGAGCAGGCAAAAUGGGGAAACUUGUCAUUAAGCACCUGGUGGCAAAAGGGUGCACAAAGAUGGUGGUCGUGAACCGGAGCGAAGAAAGAGUUGCUGCAAUUCGGGAGGAGCUCAAUGGAAUCGAAAUUAUCUAUAAGCCCCUAUCAGAGAUGCUGGCAUGUGCUGCUGAAGCAGAUGUGAUCUUCACAAGUACUGCCUCGGAGACUCCUUUGUUCUUGAAAGAAAAUGUUAAGGAUCUCUCUCCUGUGAGCACUGAGGUUGGAGGAUUGAGACUCUUUGUCGAUAUCUCCGUCCCAAGGAAUGUGGGAUCAUGCGUGUCUGAAGUUAGUGGAGCGCGUGUGUACAAUGUGGAUGACCUCAAGGAGGUUGUGGCUGCUAACAAGGAGGACCGACUUAGGAAAGCCAUGGAAGCACAGGCAAUCAUUACUGAGGAGUCCAAGCAGUUUGAGGCCUGGAGAGACUCCUUGGAGACCGUCCCAACCAUCAAGAAGCUGAGGGCUUAUGCUGAAAGGAUCAGACUCACAGAGCUAGAAAAGUGCUUAUCAAAGAUGGGAGAUGAUCUACCGAAGAAGUCGAGGAGGGCAGUGGAUGACCUCAGCCGCGGGAUUGUGAACAAGCUUCUCCAUGGACCGAUGCAGCACCUGAGGUGUGACGAAAGUGACGGUCGGACUUUGAGCGAGACCCUCGAGAACAUGCAUGCCCUCAACAGGAUGUUCAGUCUCGAGACGGAUCUGUCUCUCCUGGAGACAAAGAUUAGGGCCAAAAUCGAACAGAUCCAGAAGUAAGAUAUCUCUCCUCCGAGUUAAAUACUGUAGAGUUCCUCCACUUCUGACCACAGUUUGCUUGCCUCCUCAAUAAGAGGAAGAACUUCCUCACCUUGUGUGAUCACAUAGGCGUCUCUUGCGUCCCCGUCCACCAUUUUGGUAAAAAAUUCAUUGUUAUUGAUACGUGAUGAUCUCCUGAUUUCCAUUGAUUUGGUGCAAAGGACACUAGCACCCUUGAUUCGGCCUUUGUAUGAUACAGCUGAGGAAUGGUCUGAUGGGUUAGCCGAAUAAUUGUAUUGAAUCGGUGUCCGGAACUGUGGGGCCUGUGUUGGCAGGCUGUAUUUCGCUCGUACUGUUCAUCCUUGUAAAUGUAUAACUGAUUAUUUCAAGAGUUUGAGAUGCUACUGCGUGUUCUCUCAUUAGUCGUA